AUGGCAUUUCUCUUCGCGUGGAUGUGCUGUCUCCAGUUCAACUGGUAUUGCCAUAAGCGUCACCAAUUUCUCAAGGAGGUCAUUCUGCUUCUCGUGGGCAGCUUUGAUCCCGCGAAUGAGAUCAAGGCAUUGAGCCUGGAACUCUGGAUCUUUGGCAGCCAUCGAAUCGAGGCUGAUUCACGGGCUCAGGAACCUGACUGA